UCAUAAACGCAUCAAUGUGACAGUUGCAGAGGUUGCAGAAAAUUGCAACCAGUUUUCCGCAAAAAUUAAAAACUUAUCUCUAAUACGAUGUGAAUAGCCAUGUCAUAUUAAAUAUUCCAAUAAGAUUAUUACAUUGAAUUAAAUUAUAACCUUUUGUUAGUUCUAAACAGUGUGUAAGGGCGCAAAGAUGAAUGCUGAUCUGAAAGAGGCAUUUUCUCAAAUAAAACCAGUAUGUGACCUGGUGAUGGUGUGUCCUAAUGCGGAGACCAUCACGUCCUUCUCACAACGCGUGGAAGAAAUGAAACAAGAAGCUCUCCAGGAGCUCCAGCAAUAUAUCUUGUUCCCAUUCAUAACACAUGUAAAAUCUGAAGAGAUUGAUAAGAAAUAUGAUCUGCAAAGUAAAAUGGCAGAUGCAAUGCGGAUGGUGUUAGAGAAAGUGACGGUGAACAGCUUCGAAAUGUGCAUGAAGAUUGAGACAGCAUUGCUUAGUCUCGUGUUCGACAACUCUAAGCCUGGGAUGGUGGCAGAUGUACCCGAAGAGUUGAAGUUGAGCGUGAUGCAGUGCCUGACCACGCUGAUGCUGCAGCUGGACAAACCGUCGCGGGAGACUCUGCUACGGACCCAAGUGCCCACACUGGCACAGGCCGUGUUCGUUGCUGUGCACAUAGCUAAAUUGGAGAAACAUAGGCCAUUGAGACUAGCAGCAAUAGACUGCUUGACGGCGCACACGGCGACGCACGCGAAGCUGACGACGGACAAGUACGCGAUAUCGGACCGCGCGUUGCAGCUGGUGGUUGUGGACACGCUGGCCAACAUCCUGCCCGGCGUGCUGGCCGCCCUGCAGGACGUGGCUGUGUGCCACCACAACCCGGGACACGCCGUCGUCGUGGCGGCAAUAGAAGCAACGCACCGUAUCCUCUGCUUGACAAUGCAGGACCGUCUGAUGCCGCGCCGCGCCGAGCUCACCCCUCAAGACUUCGCGCGCCUCGUACGGGAGAAGACCGGCCCAGACAGAGAAGUAAGCAAGGAGAAGAAACAGAAGUUCCUACCGAAGCGUUCCCCGGAGUGGUAUGCUAUGGCGGGUGAGAAGUUAGCAGUGGUGACCCGCAGCCUGGUCUCCCUCAGCAGACAUGAGCACUACCGAGUCCGGAAGGAGCUAGCCGUGAUGUGCUACAGGAUCCUCUCCGAGUGUAACGCGACAAUGCAACCGUCCGCGCCCACAGCCCUGGACGUGCUCAUAUCUCUGUCAAAGGACGAGUACCCAGAGGUGUCUCAAUACUGCACGACGGCUGUUAGAUCUUACCUCUCCAGCAAUAAGGCCGAGAUUAACAAAACCAUGGACGGCAUCAGGGAUAAUUUUGUCGCCAUACUCAGCGGGUUGGCCAGGAUAUUGAAUAAUGUUGAUGCGUCUCGCAAGCUGACAGCGCUGGAUGUCCUGCAUGGCUACGUGGAGAUGUUGUGCGAUGACUCGCGGCCUCAGCGGCUGACGGCAGCGCUGAGCGCCCGCGACCACAUGCAGCGAGCCUGCGACGCGCUGCUGGAGGCCGCCGCGCUCGAACCCGUCACCGCGCUGCAGCAGUACGCCACUAGAGACGUAUCAUCGCCACCUCCAAAGGACGCGCCGUGGUGCAAACUCCGACACCUGGACUCGGCCAAGCUGGAAGACCGACUGCGCACCGUGCUCCGGCUGAUCGGUGGCGCGGAGUGUGGGGAGCUGGUGGCCGACCAGCUGCUGGAGUUGUUCCUUCAGCAGAAAGACAGUCGGGUGGUGUAUGUCGUCAACUGGAUGGCUGCGGCGGAGAACUCUCCUCUUAGCUUGGCCCGGCGCGUGCUAGACACGUACAUAGCGGAGAACAUGUGGUACUCGCCGCUAGAAGUACGCAGCUCCGAGCCGCCUCUCACCACCCAGGAUACCUUGGAUGCUACUGUCUACAACCCUCGCGCCUGGAUCAAGGAUAGCGUGCCCGACCUAUACGAGGGUGCAACAGAGACGCGCUACACGGGCAUCAGCUACCGCGCCCCCCGCGUCACCCCUCUCCCAGACCCGGACUCCUGCGCCACGCUCGUGGAAGCUCAGGACAAUAUGCUGCUCAGCUGCCUGCUCACUGAGGGGGUUGGAUUGAUGGCUACUAGGCUCAAGGAGCACUACCAGCCGUAUUUGUUGAAGACGCUGUGCUUGCUACUGGAACGUGUGGGCAGUAAAUACGAGAUGCUGCACCUAGCGGGUCUGAAGGCAAUAAACGACGUGGCGCUCGCGUGCGGACAUCAGUCGGUGGGGGACCUCAUACGACACAACGCAGACUACUUCACUAACCAAGUCACUGUGAGGCUUAAAAAGGCUUGGGACAGUCAGUCGGCGUUACAAAUAUUAUCUGUGGUCAUGGAAUACAGUGACGCCUCUAUACUGGACUGCCUCUACGGCAUCGUGGAAGAUGUUCUAGUCCAAAGCUGCGAUAAGUACUACGAACGGAACCUCGACGCGUAUCUGCAAGUGUUCCUCACCUUUAUACAAUGUAUACAAAAGUGGUUCCCCCCCGACGAAACACACAAACAACACAGUGCCAUAGACACAGACAUAGACCUUCUAAAAGACGUCGUAGAGUUUAUAAACAACAAAGAAGAAGCGGAAAGGUUGCUGAGUACAGAAGAGUUUGAAGAAGAGUGCGGGAAAAGUGUAGAGGAGAUGUACAGAGAAGAUCAGAAGAGAAAAGAGGAGGAUAUAUUGGAUUAUGAUGAUAGAGUUACGCAAGAAAAAGAACCCCUCCCCCAACACAUAAGAGUAACCGUGACCAUCUUAAGACGGAGCAUCAACUUCAUAACGUCGCGGCGCCGUCACGAGUCCCUGCUCGCCCUGCAAGUAGUGGCGGCGGGGUUGCCAAUACUGCGAGGAUAUGAGGAUGAGUUGCUCCCCUUGGUGCACCAGGCCUGGGCGCCGCUAGUCGACAGGUUCCACAUAGAAGACCCAGUGGUGCUCCGCCGCGCACUGUCUCUGCUAGUCACCAUGGCCGAGCUGGCCAAAGACUUCAUUAGGAGUCGCACUGUUAAAGAAGUCCUCCCAAGCAUCCACAAGUACCUCCAAAAGUCAGCCUUAGAGAGUUACCUGAAGGACGCGGGGUCGGCGUACCGCAACAGCCAGGCGUACACGCUUCAGGUGGCGGCCCUGACGGCACUGCCCAACCUCGUGGUAGACCUGCAGCUCGAUGACAAGGUUAUGGAGGCCAUGGCCAGUGUCAGCCUGUACCUGUCCAGGAAACAGCCCAAGCCUUUACAGGCCCUAGCAGUGACGUUCUUCAAGGCUAUUCAAGAAUACGAUUAUGGGGCGACCUGGCACUACUUACGGCGGGUGUGUGAUAACGACACGGUGUUAGAACCCCCCAUCGCGCCGAUGAACCUCGAACCCAUAGUCGGAACCCCUUACGAACCAACCUGCGAUGACUACGUCCACAAUAUCGGACUAAUUUGGAACAAUGUACACACAAUGUAAAUAAUUAAAUGGAUAUUUUAUGUAACUA